GAUGAUGAAACUAGUAAAUGGCAGUCUGAAAUCGAGUCCCACCCAGAGGAGGAACUUAAAUGUGUGGAAUUUAGAGACUGAGCAUGCUACGUGCUGAUCUGUUUCCGAAAAUGCUGCCUUAGUCAGAGUGUAAUUUGCAGGAAAGGGAAGUUUAGUUUUAAACCAGAUCUUCAGGGUAUGAAGCAUCCUGAAGAAGGAAAAGAGAAUUCUGAAUCAAUUGGAGCUGUUCAGCAAACCUCUUGGGUAAAGGCAGCAGUAAUGCUGACGCUGGCGAGCAAACUGAAGCGGGAUGAUGGUCUCAAAGGGUCCCGGACGUCAGCCACAGCCUCUGACUCCACUCGGAGGGUGUCUGUGAGAGACAGACUGCUCGUUAAAGAGGUUGCAGAACUUGAAGCUAACUUACCUUGUACAUGUAAAGUGCAUUUUCCUGAUCCAAACAAGCUUCAUUGCUUUCAGCUAACUGUAAGCCCAGAUGAGGGUUACUACCAGGGUGGAAAAUUUCAGUUUGAAACAGAAGUUCCUGAUGCAUACAACAUGGUGCCACCCAAAGUGAGAUGCUUGACCAGGAUCUGGCACCCCAACAUCACAGAGACGGGCGAGAUAUGUCUGAGUUUACUGAGGGAACAUUCGAUCGAUGGCACUGGCUGGGCUCCCACGAGGACAUUAAAGGAUGUUGUGUGGGGAUUAAACUCUUUGUUUACUGAUCUUCUGAACUUCGAUGACCCACUGAAUAUCGAGGCUGCAGAGCAUCACCUGAGGGACAAGGUAGGCUGGGGACAGGAGGUCCUGGCUGGUGUGUUUGGCAAAGAGGAGGACUUCCGGAACAAAGUGGAAGACUACAUUAAGCGGUACGCCAGAUGAUAGGAGGGGCGCCUGCAGCGCGGACUGUGCUAGAGGGUCGUCUUCAGCUCUCGAGGGGGCCUCCAUCCCAGUCCUCGCGCUCCCGCAGACCCACUGGCUCUGCUGGGUCCUGUGACGUGUCCUGCGGAGGAACCUCUUCAUGACUGCCCAUUGUAGACAGAGAGUUCCGCAUAAAUACAGCAAGAAAAUGAGUUUGGGCUCUAAAGAGUUGUCUGCUUACCUUAACAUGUUUACUUUGUGAACCUGUACUGUAUAGGCUGAGGAAAUGCUUGAGAAGUUGUAAUGAACUCAGAAUUGGAGCUUGCUUCUUACCUUCCCCCAAAUCACUUCCCUGCACAGCAAUGCCAAUGACCUGCCAAGAACUGGCAGGUGGGCGGUCCCAAGCCCGCUGCAAACUGUGAUUGGAUGCGCAGUCUCUUAUCUCCUCCCACGAAUGUCAGCCCUGCCUCAGUGUCUGAGGCUUCCCAGAAUGCAGUCAUUCACUGUAGAUCUCUUACUGAAAUGCGUAUUUUAUUUAAUGUAAGUAUAUUUUGGAACAGAUUUGUAAUUUGUACAAUUUAAUGCUUUAAUUAUUUUUUUCUAUUCUCCUUUAGUUUGUAUUUUCAUUGUAUAGAGCAGACAGAAAGAUGUUGGGUCAAGCAAUUAUUGAAGAGAAAUACAAAGAAAAUAUGAAAGACAUCAUUCAUUCUGUCCAAAUGCAAUGAGAAUUUGGGUCUUAAAAACCAGCUCUUGCUUUCAGGUCUGGGUGGGGCAAAGAAGUUUAGAACCCUGUGAGGCUGGAGCUCAAUGAUUUGGAAAAAAAAAAGGAGGGGAGCCCUUUGUCACAUUUGGCCUAGAGGAACUGGCUGGAGUGGGGCUGGGUGUUUCUGAGGGUCAUGUGCUUAGGAACUAGUGUGCAAGGACUAUAGCUGCUUAUCAGAGACCCAGACCCUUGCUCCUGAGGGACAGGAGAAACCUUGGGAAGCAGCCAAACAAUGUCUGAUGCCCCUGAGACUACACCUGUGGCCUCUGAGUCUGCUGUGGUUCCAGGCCCGAGUGGAGGUGGUCUCCUGGGCAGUGGAGAGCAGGAAUCGGAACAGCAUACAGCCAUGCUCGGUCAGGUCUGCACACUUCAGAGGCAGCACACCCAGGAGACCCCAGGACCCGUGAUGUCAUAUGCAAAUAAAUAUCUGUAUGGUUUUGUCCACUGCC